AUGGCCUCCAAUAAUACCCCAGACGUGAGCGGACGCGGCAACGAAGAGGAUGGUGAUAGUCCCGAGGACAUCCUUGUCCCUCGGCCACCGAAACGCUCGACGAUGCGGCCAACGCGAGGCAGGCAGAGGCAGAGGCGGAGGCAGACAAUGAUGGACGAUUUGGUCGCUGGUGGCCGCGGACGGGUUAGUGGUGAGGGGGCUUGGGAAGAGGACAUGAUGGGCGAUGUGGCGGCGCGGGCUCUGGGGGGGAAGCGGAUUCUGAGGAGACGGGUGCGGCGGCAGAGGGGUGGGCGGCGCAGCGGGGACUAUACGGUUAGUGGGGACAAAGAGUCCAGUGAGUCGCCGGUGGAGAGGCGUGGCGAUACGGAGGUUGUUCCGUGGUAUAUCAGUAGUGGUGAAGAGCAGGAACACAUGCAACAUGUGAAUCAUGGAGACUCGGAAUCUAGCGAUGGUAGAAGGGAAGGGGUAAUCGAACCGGCAGACGUCGGGGAGGGAUUUGAAUCUGCGGAUGACAGCCCGGACUCUGGCUCGGACAGUGAAGACCAUGGGACAAGUGAUAUCGAUCUCCAAUCAAGGGCCACCUCCCCCGCACCGAGUCUGGGGAACAAGGAUGGUAGUAUCUUUGACCUACCGGAUAAUUACGUGUUGCCGUCCGGCGCGGUACCAACAAAGAAAGAAAGGAUAAAGGCACAGGACGAGAAGAUGCUGGGGAUGAUGCGGUUCUUGAAGAUGCGGAAGGCGGCGCUGUCGACGGCGGAGUGA